AUGUUUGUGUUUUCCCAUAUUGGGGCAGACAUUCAGAUACUAAUCAACCCCGUGAACUUGCCUGAAAACAAGCUUCCUGGAACAGAACUAAGCAGAGCUUAUGACAAAGAUGUGGAUGGAAAGCCAGAUGCUUACCGCUUUCUGAAUGACAGGAAGGAUUUUGUCAUCAAUCCAAGUUCUGGUGUAAUCACUUCUACUAAAAUCUUUAAUUAUGAAACUGAUCCAACCAGGUUUCUAUUUAUAGUUAAUACUGGAGGAAUCACACGACGGGUUUUGACCAUUAAUAUAAUUGAUGUUCCUGAACCUCCAGACUGUACUGCCGACCCCCUCUUUUAUUCAGGCACAGCUACAUUGGAAAUCACUGAGGACUAUCCAUUAUUUCAAUCCAUUUAUAAAGUGAAUGCCACAGAUGAAGACACUGUACAUGGUGACAGACUGACGUACACCAUUGAGACACAGUUAUCUGGACCAAAGAAAGGAGCAAAUUCUUUUGGAAUAGAUCCUAUAAAUGGUAUUGUUAGCUUGACUGGUGAAGAUUCUUUGGACUUUGAUGCGGGAUAUCAUACUUUCCAGCUUGAAGUGAGAGCAACAGAUACAGCAGGUCUGUUCUGUCAAGGGACACUAAUUAUCAAUAUUAGAAACACAAACGAUGAGAAGCCUGAGUUCCAGCCAUUUCCUCUGAAUUCCAUUAAUGUGACUGAAAAGAAGCCUGUUGGAGAAUUUUUAGCAAGAGUAAAAGCAACAGAUCGAGAUGAAGAUAACAGCAUCACUUAUUCCUUUAAAACCCAGCAGGAAAUGUUUGCUUUGGAUCCUGUUACAGGUAUAAUCACUGUUCUUCAGCCUCUGAAUCUUGAUAGUCCAAAUAAUUCCAGAAUCUACUCUUUGGAAAUUGAGGCGCGGGAUGAUGUCAAUAAUACCAGCACAUAUAUGUUCAUGGUUUUUGUGGAGAAUGUGGAUGAUCCUAUUUCCUGUGAUUCAAGUUUUUCAACAGGAGCAGGUGUUUCAGUGUCUGUUCCUGAAAACCUUCCUGCAUCUGCUUUUAUAUAUGCAAUUCUUUCAAGAGAUCCAGACCUGGGGCAAGAAGUUGAAUUUUUAAUAUUAAAUUCUUCAGCUAAUGCCACUGCCUACUUUGCUUUGGAUUCUCAUACGGGUGUUAUUUCUAAAACAGUCGAGCCUCUUUUGGACUAUGAAACAAAUCCCAAGCAUUUUCAGUUAGUGAUUGCUGUGAGAAGUAGGGACAACCUGUCCCUGGAGUCAUGCGUUGGCACCAUCACUAUAAACAUCCAGGAUGUUAACGAUGAGAGUCCUGUUCUGACAUACAUGCCAGAUGCACCUAUAAAUAUUAAUGAAAAUUUGCCUGUUGGAACAAAGUUGGCCCAGUUCACAGCAACAGACAGAGACACAGGGGAUAGAGUACACUAUGAAUUUAUAGGUACUCAAAAAGAAUUUGCUAUAAAUAAAGAUUCAGGAGAAAUCACUGUUGCAUACCCUUUGGACUACGAAGAUGAAGCAACCCCUAAAUCUUGGGUAUUACAUUUUAGAAUUUAUGACAAUGAACGAACACAUUCAACAACUGGGACAUUCACAGUGAUUCUACAAGAUGUAAAUGACAACCCACCACGAUGCUCACAGGAUAUUUAUGUAAUUGAACUUCCUGAAAACAUCCCAGUUGAAACUCUUUUAGUCUCCCUAGCAUGCACAGAUAAGGAUGGAACUGCACCCAAUAACAAUAUAACUUAUCAUUUGAUUAAGGACACUUUUUCAAACAGAACCUUUACUCUUACAAACAAUGAACUGAAAAUUGGACCUAUGCAACUAGAUUAUGAUAAUGCUAUUUUUUCAGGAAUGAACUUUAAAUAUACCUUGUUUAUAAGAGUAUCUGAUGAAGGAAUUCCUGUACUCUCAACCAUUAUUACAAUCAUCGUAAGGGUGAGUCGCAUAAAUGAACUGAAUCCAGUAGGAACUCUGAUGGCAUUUACCUUCAGUAUAUUUGAAAACAGUCCAGUUGAUACACUAGUUGGAAAAAUUACAUUUACAGAUGCAGACUGGCCUUUUAACAAUAUCAAAUAUACCAUAAUUGGAGGCAAUUUGGGAAUACCUCCAAAAUUUUACAUUGAACCAGAUACAGGAGUGAUAAAGCUAUUGGAUUCACUAGACAGGGAAGCUGCGUCACAGUACAAGAUGGCGAUAAGAAUUUCAGAUAUGGCCAACGAUGCUCUCCCUGACCCUCUCAGGCAGAGAAGUGUUACUGCUCCAGUGACUAUACAUGUUCUGAAUGUGAAUGAUGAGCCUCCUGUAUGCAAACCACCACAUCUGGAAACUGAGAUUUAUUCCACUCUUAGAGGCCCUUUCAUUUACCUCAACUGUUCAGACAAAGAUUCUCCACAGGAGCAUCUAAGCUAUUCAAUUGUAGGAGGAAAUACAAACAAUCAAUUCACACUUUGGAGACUAGGUGUUGAGCCUCCAUUUCUGGCCACCAGGCAGAAUUUCCAGUAUGAUCUAUUUCAAGGAAUUCAAGACCCGGUGACUUUCCAGUUACUUAUUGAAGUCACUGAUGAAUUAGGUGGGAAUACAGCUAGUCAGCUGACAGCCACUACUACAGUCAUAAUUCAUAUGCUUCCCUGGACCACAACACAGCCGACUUCUUCCAGAGAAACAGCUACAACUACAAUGACUACCUCUGUCUUAAGGAAGAUCUCGUACUAUUGGAGGCCUGACAGCUGGUUUCUUGCAGUCCUCACUCUAACAGGAGCUCUCUUUGUGAUAUGUCUCUAUGCAGUUGCCUGGUGCUUCUUCAGAGAUAUUCCUGCCUGCUCAAGAUUCUUUCCUCACUGUCACAAGCAACAGAGUCAACCAAGUCACACUGUCAAGGAGACUGCACAGGUGUGGAAACUCACUGAGUGUUGCUAUCAAAUCAAACACAAGACCAAACUUGCUACCUGGACAUCAUAUGUGACAGGAAUGCAGUAGAUAUUCAACAACAUGACAGAAGAAGUCAAGAUGUUGAACUAUUAAGAAAAGAAAUUGAUUACAAUGAAAGACAUUUUGACUUUAACCAGAAGGUCACCGUAUCUUCAUGUCACUUGCUUUAUUUGAAAAGGUCUUUGAAAACACAGUUUUUAAUAAUAAAGUAGCAUCAAUUUUUUUCAACAUAGUUGGAUACUUUUGUGUAACCUGCCACAUGCUUUGG